CCUUCCUCUGUUGUUUCGAUGUGUGGCCCCAGGGCCAGCCUUCAGACAGCUGGACGCUGAGCAGAGCAUGAUCCUUCUACACAACCUGACUACACUGUGUAGAGACCUGGACCCACAGGUGUCUGCAGCUCUAGCAGCUAACAUGGGAGACAACAUAAACAGCAACACCAUCGCUGCCCUCGGCAGAGAGAGUACAGGUCUAUCUGAGGGUCAGAUCACCAUGGCACCCGCCAGCGUUCUGUGGGCUUCCUUCAGCAUUCUGAGCACUGUGAUUGGCUGGAACCAGGGCCAGGCCAUGGCCAUCAUCCAAUCACUGAUGCUGUCAGGAGCCGUGAAGAUCAACAGCGCAUCCACCUUGACAGCGCUGGGUUCCCUGGUGACCGGUGUUCCCUCGGCAACCUUAGGCAGCAUCAGCGGCACAGAACUCCUCUACGCGUCCCAGGAUGCCACAUUCAUAACAUACAUGCAGACCGCCCCGACCAUCUUAAUCCAGACUUUCGUCACUCAGUUGAUCACAGUGAACCCUAACCCAGACAGUAUUCUCCAGAACGUCCCAGACAGCAUGUCUCCUGAGAUCCCCAGGUCCCUGCUGCAGGGCUUCUCUCAGAGCAGUGUGGUGGUGGAGAAACUGAACCAGAAGACGUGGAGACACGAACAGGCUGUGUUGUUCUUUGACACAGUGGCUCUAGGAAUUGACAACUCCGACAAUAUGUCAUCCAGCGUGCUCCAGGGCUUCACCUGCACCAGAGUGGCCAGUAUGACCACAACCAAGAUCAAGAAACUGGUCAAGGCCUGCAGGAGGAAGGGCAAGAAGAGGGUCGCACUGAGAGAGACUCAGUUGUUGUCGUACUCAAAGAGACUCAGGUCAGCCUCUCAUCACCAAGCUUAA